UCUAUUAUGCACAAUUAUUAUCAUUCAGGAGAUCUCAUCAUUGCUGGAAUUAUUUCUCAGAUCUACAUGACAUUUGAUUCAAUGGAUUUCAGAGGACAUCCAUCUGAGAAACUGAUUGAUGAUAUCAUCUAUUUCCAAGCAAGCUGGACCUACCUCGCUUCAAUGGACCUUCUCUCCACACAGGGAAGAUUUAUCCCUAACUUCAAGUGUGAUGCCCAAGACAACGCAAUAGCUGUUAUCACAGGACCAAAUUCUCACAUCUGUCAUUUCAUGGCACACAUUCUUAGCACCUACAAGAUGCCACAGCUUGUAUAUGGCUCUGCUCCAAUGACCAAUGGCAACCCUGAAGCUGUUUUCUUCAACCGGAUGUUCCCAAAUGAAGACCAUCAAACAUGGGGGAUUCUUCAGUUGCUGCUGCAUUUUAAGUGGACAUGGAUUGGUGUGGCUUAUAUAAGUAUUCAAAGUGGAGAGAAAUUUAUACAGAAUGUGCUUCCCAUGUUUUCACAAAGAGGUAUAUGCUUUGAUUUUAUAGAACAACUGCCAAAAGAAUCCUUUUCCAGUAACUUUGAUGAAAUGAUGAAUGGCUUUUCUCGGGUAAACAGUAUUGUUCUGAGGAGCAGUGCCAGCACUGUGAUCAUACAUGGUGAUGUUCAGUUCACAGUCAUUCUUAGAACGAGUCCAAUGCUUGCUGAAUAUGAUGGCAUAAAAAUGAACAGUAAAGGUAAAGUCUGGAUUAUGACAGCCCAGAUGGAGUUCACAUCAGUUCCCUUCCAAAGAAUGAUGAGCUUAGAGGCCUUCCAUGGAGCUUUAUCCUUUGCAGUUCCUUCUAAGCAGGUAUUCGGAUUCCUGGAAUAUCUUCAGAUGAAAAACCCUACCUUGGAAAAGGAAGAUGGUUUUAUCAUGCUCUUUUGGGAAAAGGCAUUUGAAUGUUCUUUCCCCACGGAUGACACCACAGAUGAGGAAAUGUGUACUGGAGAAGAGAAGUUGGAGACUCUUCCUACCUCUGUUUUUGAAAUGAGCAUGACUGGCCACAGCUACAGUGUCUACAAUGCUGUCUAUGCCGUGGCGCAUGCUUUGCAAGCCAUGCAUUCAUCCAAAUUCGGACACAGAGCAAUGUCAUAUGAUGGGAGAGGGAUUCUUCUAAAACAGCAGUUGUGGCAGAUUCACCACUAUCUGAGAAGUGCCUCGUUUAACAACAGUGCAGGUGAACAGGUUACUUUCGAUCAAAGCGGGCAAGUUGUCGCUGGGUUUGAUAUUGUAAACUGGGUCACAUUCCCAAACCAAUCCUUUCUCAGAGUCAAAGUUGGAAAAGUAGACCCCUUGGCUGCCAAGGACAAUGGGUUCACCAUUUCUGCAGAUGGCAUUGUUUGGCCAAGCAUCUUUAACCAGGGACAACCCCUUUCUGUGUGUAAUGACAAUUGCCAUCCAGGGUAUAGGAAGAUAAAGUUGGAAGGGAAGCCAUUUUGCUGCUAUCGUUGCCUCCCAUGUCCUGAAGGGAAGAUUUCAAAUCAGAGUGACAUGGAUGCGUGUUUUCAAUGUCCAGAAGACCAGUAUCCAAAUGACCAACAUGAUUCCUGCAUUCCGAAAUAUACAAGUUACUUAUCUUAUGAAGAACCUUUGGGAUUAUGUUUCGCUGUUUCUGCUCAUUCCUUAUCUGUUCUCACGUUUUUGGUACUCAGAGUCUUCAUUAAGUACUGGCAUACUCCCAUAGUCAAAGCCAACAACAGGGACCUCACCUUCGCACUCCUAAUAUCCCUCCUGCUCUCUUUCCUUUGCGCUCUGCUCUUCAUUGGCAAGCCUAAUAAGGUGACCUGUCUCCUUCGACAAAUUACUUUUGGUCUCAUCUUCUCAGUGGCGGUUUCUUGCAUAUUGGCCAAAACCACCAUAGUGAUUUUAGCUUUCAUGGCUACCAGGCCAGAGUCCAGUAUCAGGAGAUGGGUGGGGAAUAAAUUGGCCAUUACCAUUGUUCUUUCCUGCUCCCUAAUUCAGACCAGUCUUUGUUGUGUGUGGCUGGCAACAUCACCCCCAUUCCCAGAUCUAGACAUGCGCACAAUGACUGAAGAGAUUGUGCUUGUAUGCAAUGAAGGUUCAGUCACCAUGUUCUACUGUGUCCUGGGCUUCAUGGGCUUCCAGGCCACAAUCUGCUUCAUUGUGGCUUUCCUGGCUAGGAGAUUGCCUGACACGUUCAAUGAAGCCAAGUUCAUCACCUUCAGCAUGUUGGUCUUCUGUAGCGUAUGGUUGACCUUUAUCCCAACCUACCUGAGCACAAAAGGGAAAUACAUGGUGGCUGUGGAGAUCUUCUCCAUUUUGACUUCUGGUGCUGGGUUACUGCUCUGCAUCUUUUCCCCCAAAUGCUACAUUAUUCUGCUUAGGCCUGACUUGAACAAAAGAAAACAGCUGAUAAAGAGGCCAAACUGA